AUGUUGGGCGUACGACGUAUAAUCACCCUUCGUAAAGCGGUUUCAGCAGUGGACAGAGCUGCGAUAGUGCAAGCGACGGCCCCCGCGGUGUCGUUGUUUCUUUCGAAGCGUUGUGGUGGUACCAAGUCAACCGCCCCUAGGAGCGAGGAGUCGGGCGAGGCAGCAGCGGCAGCAACAACAACAACGGCGCCAGCAGCCAUGAGGAUCGAUGACGACAAGUCUCAUGGGAGCUCCUUGUACCUUCCCUUCAUGGGCGCGUCGUCACGCUUCACCUUCGCUUCCCCCAUCUCAGCGUUGGCGGACAUCACUACGUUAGAGAGCGAGCGAUUAACUCAUCAUCCACCUCAGCGUGUCAGUGACCACUGCUGUAUUUAUUUAGUGAAGCUGCUUCGGUGGCUUGCGGACAAACUUUUUCGAGAGCGUUAUCUUCACCGUGCUACAAUGUUGAAGGUCGUCGCCCCUGCCCCACCUCUGGCUGGUGCGAUGGUUAACUAUUUUCGAAUGAUGCUUAAAAAGGAAGAUUCGGCGUACGUUCCGAGGAAGGGGAGCUUUGCAACAGAAACACGUGGACUUUUGGCGCAGGCGGAGUCACAUGCGAGUCAUGUCCAAAUUCUUAUGCAGAUGACCGAGAUUACAUAUGUAGAGCGUGUUGCAGCAAUUUUUUUACAGGUGGUACAUUUCACUGUUUUUGUCGUUCUUUUUUUGGUGUCUCCGCGGAUGGCGUUUCGGCUGAUGGGAUACCUUGGCGAGGAGUCUGUGGUGAUUUGGACUCACAUGAUUAACGACAUCGACUUUGGGAAGGUGAGUGAACGGGCUGUACCGCAAGCGGCUAUUGACUAUUGGGGUCUGCAUCAGUUAAAGCACGUGAAGGCCUCCACGGCGGAUGCGACCAAGUUUGCUGGACCUGAUCAGGGUCUUAAAGAGGUCCCGACGGGAACACAGCAACAGACGUCAGACGCAUCAGAGGAGGAAGUCACAUUGCGUGACGUGAUGUUGUUGUUGCGCUCAGAUGAAAUGGUGUGGCGUGAGGCGUGCCAUCAAGUGGCGAGCGCCAUGGAAAUGAAGCGUAAGAAGUCCUUCAUCUCUUCAUUCUUAUCGUGA